GAGUAAGAAGAUUACUUUUGCACUGCUCGUCUAGAUACUCUUUCUCUGUUUAAACAUGCUAAGGAUGCUAAAGCGCCAGCAGCUCCACCCGGGAAUGAUUUUAUUACUCUUAUGGCUCUGUUAUUUGAUUGAAGAUCAAAAAGUGCUAGCUGGUAACUGCUGGCUCCAGCAAGGCAAGAACGGGAGAUGUCAGGUCCUCUACAUGCCUGGGAUGAGUCGAGAGGAAUGCUGCCGGAGUGGGAGGCUUGGUACAUCUUGGACUGAGGAAGAUGUGCCAAACAGCACAUUAUUCAGGUGGAUGAUCUUCAAUGGCGGGGCUCCAAACUGCAUACCUUGUAAAGAGACAUGUGAUAAUGUGGACUGUGGCCCUGGGAAGAAAUGUAAAAUGAACAGGAGGAGUAAGCCUCGCUGCGUCUGCGCCCCAGACUGCUCCAACAUCACCUGGAAGGGGCCGGUGUGCGGCUCAGAUGGGAAAACAUACCGAGAUGAAUGUGCCCUUUUGAAAUCCAAAUGCAAAGGGCACCCAGAUCUGGAGGUGCAGUACCAAGGCAAAUGCAAAAAGACGUGUCGUGAUGUCAUGUGUCCGGGAAGCUCGACUUGUGUGGUGGACCAGACAAACAACGCAUACUGUGUGACAUGCAACCGCAUAUGCCCAGAGGUUACGUCUCCGGAUCAGUACCUUUGUGGCAACGACGGGAUUGUUUACGCCAGCGCGUGCCAUUUGAGGAGAGCCACGUGCUUGCUUGGUAGAUCCAUUGGAGUGGCAUAUGAAGGGAAAUGCAUCAAGGCCAAGUCAUGUGACGAUAUCCAGUGCAGCGCGGGGAAGAAGUGUCUAUGGGAGUCCAAGAUGGGUCGCGGGCGCUGUGCAGUUUGCAUGGAGACGUGCCCAGAAAGUCGAUCGGAGGAGGCCGUGUGCGCCAGCGACAACACCACGUAUCCCAGCGAGUGCGCCAUGAAGCAGGCCGCUUGCUCUUUGGGGGUUCUCCUGGAGGUUAAGCAUUCAGGAUCUUGCAACUGUAAGUAAUACAUCUUAAAAGACAAUCCAAUGCUGCCCCCAGCAACCACCUCCCCAAAACCUCCCACCCCUCCAAAUAACGCCUCUUCAUUCCCUUCCUGCUGCUAAGAGUUAAGCUACAGAAAGGUCUUAUGAUUGGAAGUUCUUUGCAUGUCCUCUUUGACUGGCUUCAUUAAUUUUGUAUUUUCUUGAGAAGAAAAAAAAAAUGAAACGAAAAGAGAAAACAAACAUUUAUUUAAUAAAGAACCCACAAAAAUCAAUGGAAAUCAAUGAAUACAAUGUAAAAAGAAAUGUUACAGAGAGCUCUUUCCAGGAGUCCUUUGACAUACUAAUUUUCUUCAUUUAACUAACAAGAAAACGUGCGGACUAACUUCUGCAGUUAGUGACAUUCGAAUUCUAGUUCAGUCUGACCUGCUAUUGACCAGCAGGUUGAGGUCAUAUUUCCCCUUUGUUAAAGUGUAAAUGUAGAGACUUAUAUAUCAUAUCAGCUUGUCAAUUCCAUAUUCAUGGUGAUCAUGUAAGAGUUUUAUGAAUGAUGUUUUUUGUUUGAUUUCUGCAUUUGGCUGUAAUCGAUUCUUUCAAAUGCACUAUGACAUAAACAGCUCUGAGGGUUUGAAAAGACAUGAAUCCUUUUCCUUAUACUCACAUAAGGUGAUUGUAACAUUGGUGCCAUUGUUUAAAAGUUACCUAGACUACCUAUUUCGACAGAUGGUGCACUAGCUUCGAUAAUGGAUCGAUGAAGCUAGAGCUGCCAUCAAUGAGGGAAUACUUACAUUCCGAUUUGUGCUAGCGAACGAAUGGCUUACCUUAACGUUCUCGUGCCUUAAGGUAUGUUCGUCAUUUCAACGGACCAACUUUAUGAUCACCUCAUGAUUUGAAUGACUACAGCAUUUUACAGUUUGCAGGACAAGAAUAUGUUAUUAGUAGAGCAAUGCUUUUUGUUAGACAUCUAACGUUAGCCAGGUGAAUUUGUGUGUGCAGUCCUGCUGUGGUCGUGUUGUCCUAUUUGUUUGUGAGGGACUGCAUAUUUGUUUCAUUGCUUUGCCUGUGUCAUUUUUUCAAUGUAAACUUUUAUGUAGAAAAUAUAUAUCUAUAUUACAUAUACCUCAGAACUGUGCCAUUGCUUGACCACGUAGCUACGGUCGGCCGGUGCACAACCUGUGCAUUCAAAGUAAUGGAUUUAGACACGAAACCAGAAAAAAAAACAGCCAUUCAUGGAAUGCAAGAGCACUUUUUUGGUCUUGAUUCAGAAAUCUGCCAAACACACCUGAGCCAUUAAAGCCUCUGAUCAGCCCUGUCCCGUCACACCGCUGACUUCCUUCAUUAUGUACAUCUUGUUGCAUAAUUUUGGGAGCCAGAGCACCUGGUCAAGCUGUCAAGUAGCCUAGAUUGUCAGAGGCUUUGGGAUAAAGACAAAUACUCACGUACAUUCUGCGCUGUUGUGGUCUAUAUUCAUGCAACAGCUACCAUGUAUUCUCCCAUAUAGCCAUUACUGAAGACCAGGAGGAUGAUGACGAUGAGGACCAGGACUACAUGGCUUAU